AUGGAUCGUGCGCGGCGACGAGCGCGCGCUCCUACUUGCGCGAGGCACAUUCACACUAACCGCGCCUGUGGAGCGCGAUCCUGCCGCGCGCGAUCGUUGCGUGUUGGAUCGUCCGGUGUGGACCUGCCUAUUCAAAAAUUUGAGCUAUCUAUACAAAAGUUAAAACUUUUUUUUUAUUUACAGAUAAACCUGCGGCUGAUCCUGGUGUCUGGCAAAACGAAAGAGUUCAUCUUCAGCCCCGUGGACUCGGCCGGCGACAUCGCGGUACACGUUUAUGACAACUGGCCUGAAGCGGACUGGGCGUCGGAGUGCGUGUCGCGCGCAGAGAUCCUGCGGCUGAUCUACCAGGGCCGCUUCCUGCACAGCUCGGUGACGCUGGGCGCGCUGGGCCUACCGCUCGGCCGCACCACCGUCAUGCACCUGGUGCCGCGCGAGCACCUGCCCGAGCCCAAUUCUCACGAUCAACGGCAAAAGAGCAAAGGCGGAUCAAGCAGUUGUUGUUCAGCUUCGUGCUGCAUAUUGUAA